GAAUUUGUUUGCGAAAGUUUUAUGGUUGAUUCAGAAGACAGGUCAGUUUACAGUCAGUGGCAGUCAAAAGGAGUGUGAAGUGUGUGUACUUAUUCUUUUCUUACUGUCUAACUUUCCAUAAAUAAGUAAAAUGUUGCAUAUUCAGGUUACAGAUUUAGUCACAGAAGAUGAUUAUGUGUUUAGUAACAAUCUUGACAUCAAAUGGUUAAGUGAUCAUAUACAGGAAUAUCAGAUAUUACAGAAGUAUAUUUUUUAAUGCCUGCUUUUUGAUUUUUAUACACUUGGUAGCACAAAUAAAAUCAAACUGUCUUAUUGCAGUCUUUGUACAAAUCUUAAGUUUUACUCUGCAAGUUAAAUUCAUAUAGGACUUUUUAUUUGGGACAUUCCAAAAGAGUUUACAUGUAUAUAGCUAUGUAAUGCUCAAUGAUAAUCCCUUUCUGUGUGGAAGAUUGUACAUAGAUAGUUCCCAGCAUCAUGGGGAGAUUAGCUCUUGACCAACUGCUGGGCAAGUUCCUUUUCCUACAAAUGGACUUGAAAGCCGUACUGUGCAGUCAUAUCGGGUAAGACCAUUGCAGCGUACUAAUAAAUACUGCAUCCUUCAUGCACAGAAGGAGAGAGGGCCAUGUUGACUACCUAGUGACCUGAACCUUUUACUCCCAGGGAGUAAAAUCUGACAACAUGGAUGACACUUGUUUCCUCAGAGACAGUUUGGAAACAAGUUUAGAGGUAGUUUAGUCUGUGUGUAUAUAUUGUGCAAACCAUAUCUAAAAUAUAUAGUUUUGUCACAGAUUUAGAUACAGUUCUAACCAGUAAGGAAAAAAAGCAUAUGUGUGUGUGUGUGUGUGUAUGUAUACAUACAUACAUACAUACAUACUUAACAAUUUCUUGUGGCAAGUAGUGGAUGUGAAAGCAUACUAGGCUUUUGUUGGUGACUGAAGCUAUGAGAAGAGUCACAGCUCAAAUCCCAUACAGCAAAAACAAGCGUAUAGUUCCAGUGCUUUAGUUAACUGUGUUGCUAAUGUGACACAGUUUAAGACUGCAUAAUAGUAACUAGUUUUUAUGUUUAAUUUUUCAACAUUAGAUCUAGUAGCAUUUUAUAACAAGAUGCAAUUAAGAUACCCAUUGACAUCCCUCCUGUUGUCAGUAGUCUUUAAAUAAGCAUGAAACUUCUGGAAAUUUUUCUUUCCAACACCAUUAAUAAACGUGAUGCAUUUUUAUUGUAUUGAAGUUCUAUGCACAGACUGGAAUGUAUUGUUACAGAUAUUGCAAAUUGUAUGAAUCUGGAAUGAAAUAAACCAACAACGUUCUGAAUAUGAUUAAAGAUGCAAAAGUUAGAGCUCAAAUAUAGUUUUAAAGAGAGAAUCAUCACUGAUGUUUUUUUUGCAUCAAUAGUGAAUUUAUGCAUCCGCUGCCUUCUCUUAAGGAACAGGAUAAACCUUUGAGGAAAAAAUUAAAAAAUAAUGUAUAGACUGGAUAUGUCCAUCUGACAGGAUUCAACUUUACUGCAGCUUACUGAAAUUUGAGGAAUACCUGUAUCUGAAGCCUAAAUGUUCAAUGAAAGGGAAGCAAGUCUCCUCCAUGCAUUUAACUCUGAAAAUUCUGAAGUAAAAGAGCUGAAGAAAGUGAGGUGGUUACUCAGAUUCACACUUUCGACCUUUACUUAACCAACCUCUUCCUUCAAAGCAACAGCCCCACACCGACAAAACGAGAGUUUACUUUCUGAAGAAUGGAUUUCACAGAGGCCUAUUCUGAUAGAUGCUCCGCUGUGGGCCUUGCAGCUAGAGAAGGAAAUGUGAAAAUGCUCAGGAAACUGAUUAAACGGGGGUACAGUAUUGAUGUUCCAGAUAACAGGGGAUGGAUGCCAAUCCAUGAAGCAGCAGUUCACAAUUCAAGUGAAUGUCUGAGGUUACUCAUUUGUGCAGCUCCAUCUGAUAACUAUAUAAAAUCAGAGACCUUUGAAGGGAUGUGUGCACUGCAUCUUUCUGCAAGCCAUGGGUGUUUGGAAAGUGUCAGCAUUCUUUUGGAAGCUGGAGCUGAUCCUAAUGAAGUUACUACAGAAGCAACCACCCCACUGUUUCUAGCUGUUGAAAAUGGACAUUCAGGCAUUGUAAAGCUUCUGCUCCAAUAUGGAGCAAAUAUUAAUGGACAUCAUUCUUGGUCUGGAUGGAAUUCUUUGCACCAGGCUUCUUUUCAGGGAUACACUGAGAUAAUAAAAAUACUCCUGGAGAAAGGAGCAAACAAGGAAUGUGAGGAUGACUUUGGAAUUACACCUUUGUUUGUUGCUGCUCAGUAUGGAAAGCUGGAGAGUUUAAGAAUGCUUGUAUCCUAUGGUGCAAACAUCAACUGUCAAGCCAAGGACAAAGCCACUCCCCUGUUGAUUGCUGCACAGGAGGGCCAUGCCAAAUGCGCGGAGCUGUUGUUAUCCAAAGGGGCCGACCCAAAUCUCUACUGUAAUGAGGAAGAAUGGCAGUUACCUAUUCAUGCAGCAGCUGAAAUGGGCCAUAAGAAUAUCCUGGAGCUGCUCCUACCACUUACUGAUCGGAUCUGUGACAGAGGAAAAGGCAAAGUGAGCCCUGUGUAUUCAGCGAUUUAUGGUGGUAAUAAAGAGUGCUUGGAAAUGUUACUUAAGCAGGGCUACAGUCCGGAUGCUCAGAAGUGCCUCACCUUUGGCUGCAGAUCACCCAUGUGCAUGGUCUUCCAAAAAGAGUUUUUUGAUUUAAUCCCUGUUCUCCUGAAAUAUGGGAUCACCCUCCUUGGGAUUAAUUUAGGAUAUUGUCUGUACCAUGGGAAGUUUACUUUGUUUCGACGCUUCUUGAAGUUGGGCUGUUGGUUGCCUUCUGAGGACCAGAUACCGGAGUUUGUAAGUUAUGCAAUUAAAGCACACGAGCAGUACAAGGAAUGGCUGCCUUAUCUACUGUUGGCUGGUUUUAAUCCAUUGAAUUUACUCUGCAAGUUGUGGAUUUACUCUGUGCACGAGGAUGCCCUUAAUUUCGUUCUGGAGUUCACGAACUGGAAGAGACUUCCUCCAGCUGUAGAACGAAACCUUUCGGACUACAAGGAGAGCUCCACUUGGAUUCCAAACAGUCAUUUUGUGUUCAUUCCUUCCUUGUCUCAUCUCUGUCGUCUUGAGAUCCGGUCCAUUUUAAAGAGCGAACAUCUACGAUCUGACCAGUUUAUCCGUGAAUUGCCAUUACCAGCUUGUCUCCAGGACUACCUUCUCUAUUUAGAUAUACUGAGAGUGAACGCUAUUCCAGCAGUGGUGGAGUCUCUGGAUGACAGCGAUGAGGGAAUUCCUCCUGCCAGUUGUUCCAGUUCUGAAGAUGCAGAGAAGAGGGAAGCAUGUGAUGCUGGUGCCAGACGAUGAUACUGCCUGUGACUGAACUCUGUUGCUGUAGAUUUCAUAUUGGCAAUUAGCCAUCAACCAGAGAAGAGCUACCGUAAAUGGCAAUUUGUAGUAACAGGCCUUUUCAUGCUAUAGUUUUCUACAAGCUCUGGAUUUUUGUUGCAAGAUCUAGGAUGUGCUUGUUUAGAAAGUCUGUUUUAGCUUUCUAAGUCUGCAAACGUUUUCUGUUUCUGAAUGGAAAUUUAUAACUCUUAUGGAGUAAAAUUAGCUUGUUCAAUGAACGGAGCUUAUAUAACGGUUGAAAUGUAUUUAGUCAGACACGGAAUAAAGUGUUAGUAUUAACAAAGUAUUGCAUAUACCAAAGGAAUUAUCUGCAAGUGUAGGAACACCAUAUAGUGUUACGGUUAUGAAUUUAUAUGUAAAGGAGCGAUCUAGGUGAAGCAGAGAUAGGAACUGAAUAUGAAAAAAGGAAGUGUUUGCAGAAGUAACUUUUUUUUUUUUCUUGGUCAUCUGUAUUGAGAACUUGAAGAGGUACAAUCUUUUGUCAUCACUUUCAGUCAUCUUUUGAUGCCUCUUCCUAUGCUGCUUGCAUUGAAACUAUUUUAGGAUAUUCUUUUGAAUAUAAAAAUGCAUGUAGGACUUCAUUGAAUGCACCAUUUAUUGUUCAUCCUUCUAACACGAACUCUUGCCACUUAAAAAGAGAUGUGGAUCAGGCUUAUACACAUUUUCCAUAGAUUAGAAUAUGUGAUGUUCAUAUCAUUGUCUGAAUUAAAAAAUACUCCAAUGAUACUUUGUAAUGAUUGUACAGAAGAACUUAAGUGCUACAAAAAUAAAAUACUUUUUGAAAGACUAAA